AUGGGUCUCAUCAAGACAGGUAUCAUUGCCGGCACUUCGUACGCCGCCGUCAACAAAAUCACCAAGGCAAUGGAGAAGCAGAACCAGCAGCGCCAGGUUCAGCCCCACCCGCCCUGCAACUGCCCUCACUGUCCAUACUCGAGCCACGCCAUCUACGGCUCGCCCACGUACGUUGGAGCCCAACCCAAUGGCCAAGGCUCGCAGAACCCGAACCCGUACACAAACGCAGGCGCUGCCCAGCGUGGCUUGGGCGCAGCACCGUCGUAUGCUACACGCAGUGCCGAGCCUUGGGACAGUCACGCCGAUGGUCUGCCAAAGUACGCUGGACGGAACGAGAUCUUCCACGGCGCUGGGGAGAAGGACAGCUUGUACGGUGACGAGAAGCGUCGUGCGUAG